CAGACCCCAUCAGGACCAGGACCACAUGGCUGCUCCUCAGGUCCUUCUGACGGUGAGUGUGAGGUGAGCUGAUGAGACGCUGUGCUGACGUCUUUGAAGGCACAUUCUGUGACUCCUCAACAUACUGUCACCUGAGGAAACAACCCAGACCCCAUCAGGACCAGGACCACAUGGCUGCUUCUCAGGGACCCUUGACCUUCAGGGAUGUGGCCAUAGAUUUCUCUCAGGAGGAGUGGGAAUGCCUGGACCCAGCUCAGCGGAAGUUGUACCUGGAUGUGAUGGUGGAGAACUACAGCAACCUGGCCUCCCUGGCUAUCUUAUCGGAAGAUGACCAGGCCAUUCUGCAAAAGCUAAAAAAAAUAGAUUUAUUCCCUAAAAUUAUACUGGUAAGAUAUGGAAGGUAUGGCUUUGAUAAUGUACAUUUAGUGAAAGCCUUGGAAUUUGAGAAAGAGUGUAAGAUGAGAAAAAAGUAUUUUAACAUGGAUAGAAUUAUUCUGGUACAGUUAUUCAUAAUAAAAUCAUUGUCACUUAAUGAGGUCAAAGAUAUAACACAUUUAAAUACAUGCAAUGAAGACAGAAGUUAUCAAUUCAAGGAACAUUGGAAAAAUUUUAAGCAAGGGACAAAUUCUAAUAUACAUCGGAAAAUUCAGCUUCCAGAGAACCAUUAUAAGGUUGGAAAAGUCUUUGACCAAAUUUCAAAUCAAAGUAUACUUCAGUUUAUUCAUUCUGUGUCGAAAACAAACAAACGAAGAAAAUGUGACAAACCUUUGAAACUAUCUUCAAAUCAUACUGAACAAGAUAAUAGUUGUACCAGAGAGAAAGCUUACAAAUUUAAUUCCUGUGCGAGACUCUUCAGUCAAAUACACAAUCUAAAUAAACUUAAGAAAAUCCGUACUAGAGAAAAACAUUACAAGUGUAAAGAAUGUGGCAAAACAUUUAAUUCCCUUUCAAAUAUCCGUGAACAUGAGCGAACUCAUACUGGAGAGAAGUCCUAUAAAUGUGGAGAAUGUGGCAAAGCCUUCAGUUUUGCAUCAACCUUUGCUUAUCAUCAGAGAGUGCAUUCGGGAGAGAAGCCCUAUAAAUGUACAGAAUGUGGCAAAGCCUUCAGUGCGGCAUCAAGCUUUGCUUAUCAUCAGAGAGUGCAUACUGGAGAGAAGCCCUAUAAAUGUGGUGAAUGUGGCAAAGCCUUUAGUGUCUCCUCAAACCUUUAUCAACAUCAGAAACUUCAUACUGGAGAGAAGCCUUAUAAAUGUAGAGAAUGUGGCAAAGCCUUCAGUGGGGCAUCAAGCUUUGCUCAUCAUCAGAGAGUGCAUACUGGAGAGAAGCCCUAUAAAUGUGGUGAAUGUGGCAAAGCCUUCAGUGUCUCCUCAAACCUUAAUCAACAUCAGAAACUUCAUACUGGAGAGAAGCCUUAUAAAUGUAGAGAAUGUGGCAAAGCCUUUACCCGGACCUCAACCCUUACAAAUCAUCAGAGAAUUCACACUGGGGAGAAACCCUAUAAAUGUGGAGAAUGUGGCAAAGCCUUCAGGCUGGCAUCAAGCUUUGCUCAUCAUAAGAGAGUACAUAUUGGAGAGAAGCCCUAUAAAUGUGGAGAAUGUGGCAAAGCCUUCAGGGUGGCAUCAAGCUUUGCUUAUCAUCAGAGAGUGCAUACUGGAGAGCAGUCUUAUAAAUGUGGAGAAUGUGGCAAAGUCUUUACCAGAUCCUCAGGCCUUACUUAUCAUCAGAGAAUUCAUACUGGAGAGAAGCCUUAUAAAUGUGGAGAAUGUGGCAAAGCCUUCAGGAUGUCCUCAAGGUGUAGAGUUCAUCAGAGUAUUCACACUGGAAAGAAUCCUUAUAGAUGUAGUGAAUGUGGCAAAGCCUUCUAUAACUCCUCAAAUCUUAAGCGACAUCAGAAAGUUCAUACUGGAGAGAAGCCUUAUAAAUGUAGAGAAUGUGGCAAAGCCUUCAUUGUGGCAAUAGACCUUACUUAUCAUCAGCAAGUUCAUACCGGAGUGAAGCCCUAUAAUUGUAGAGAAUGUGGCAAAGGCUUUACCAGUUCCUCAGGCCUAACUUAUCAUCAGAGAGUUCAUACUGGAGAGAAGCCUUAUAAAUGUAGAGAAUGCGGCAAAGCCUUCAUAUUGGCAAAAGCCCUUACUUGUCAUCAGAGAGUUCAUACUGGAGAGAAGCCUUAUGAAUGUAGAGAGUGUGGCAAAGCCUUUAGUCGGUCCUCAAGCCUUAGUCAGCAUCAGAGAGUUCAUACUGGAGAGAAGCCUUUUGAAUGUAGAGAGUGUGGCAAAGCCUUUAGUCGGUCCUCAAUCCUUAGUAAGCAUCAGAGAGUUCAUACUAGAUAGAAGCCUUAUAAAUGUAGAGAAUGUGACAAAGCCUUCAGUGGGGUAACAAAUCUUAUCAGAGAAUUCGUCCUGGAGAGAAACCCUUUAAAUGUAGAGAAUGAGGCAAAGCUUUUGGUAGGUCUCCAACUCAUAUCAUCAUAGAGUUGAUAAUAUAGAGAAGCCUUAUAAA